UUUCAAGGGAAUACUAGUCAGAAGACAAUGAGGUAUCAUUAUGAAGGCCAUUUUAUAUUUUCACCAAAUAGAAUAUAUGAAAAUGGUAGGUUCAUGGAGAAACCUAAUUUUGAUGUUGAUUUCAUCUCAUUUUUUGAUAUAUUGGAUGACUUGAAAAAGGAUUGUGGAUUUGAUGUUAUAAAAGGAGAUAAAUUUUAUUACUUGAAGGCUGAUAAAGCUCUUAGUGAUCUUGAUGCAUUGAUAGAGGUUAAAGAUGAUACAGAUGUGAAAAAUAUGAUGGAUAGUUAUAAGAAGUUCCCUUCGAAACCCAUUGAUAUAUACACUCUAUUUCGAGAUUAUGAUAUUUUACCAAAUGGACUUGGUGACGAGCUACCCGCAGUUACUGUUGAUCACACUUCUAAUCAACUUCAAAAUCCAAAUGCAACUGCAGCAACAGGUUCCAAUACAAUUAAAAGAAAAACUAGAGGACCAACACGAUGCUUGAAAAUCACACAAUUGGAGAAUGGGCAAAAAUUGCCAGUAGAAUUUGAUGAAGAUGAUCAAGCUAUUGGUGAUAAUGCUACUGCAUUUGUUUGGUUUUUAGGACAAAUUAUUAGAAGUGUGUCGUGUUAUCCAUUGCAAGUGAAACAAUGGAAUAAGAUUACCGAUGAUAAGCUCGACCACAUGUGGUCUACCAUAUUGGUACGAAAAUUUAUAUUAAAUUACAUCCAUUAUAAAAUGAUUAUAAUUUUUUUAGUUCUAUUAAGUAUCAUAAUAUUUAUUUCUUACUUCUUUGCUAAAAGGAAAAGUUCACUUUUGAGUAUUCUGAUGCAAGAAAGGGAGCAAUUUUCGGUCAUAUGA